GGGAAGAGACGCCUCGGGGAGGAGGGAAAGGGAUCUGGGGGCGGCCACGGCAGGGUUAACCUCCAUUUCAGCUAAUCAUGGGAGAGAUUAAAGUCUCUCCUGAUUAUAACUGGUUUAGAAGUACAGUCCCCCUUAAAAAGGUCAGGAACCACUAAAUCAGGAGGACUUCUGAUGACCUUCUUCUUUCUCACCCCCUUUUCCCCAGAAAGCCAUUUUUUCCCUGAACCCAUUCCCCACACCUGAUUGAAUAGUGUGAAACAUUCUCUGGGGACAGUGACACCUACUCCUGCCUCAUCCCUCCUUCUCUAGCAGACGUCUCCCCCUCAGAGGCUUGGUCUAGAUCAGGCUCCUGAAGUGGGAUCUCCUGAGUGAUCCCAUCUCUACCCAGUUUCUCCCCGGAGCUGGAGUCUUUUCUGCCCCUCGCCUCUCCUGUUCACACACUGACCCUGCUGAUCCCAGCCAGCCCUCCGGGCCAGCACCCAAGAGUGACUCUGCAAAUUGUUCUCUUCCUACGUGCGUGCAUGCAUGCACACACACACACAGCCAGAAGUAUGGGGAAGAAAUAAGAUGCUGUGUACAGAGGUUACUGUUUGAUGAUUAUUGUGGAUGAUGAUGAUAGCAAGGUCUGGUCGCUCUAUGAUGCAGGCCCCAGAAACAUCAGGUGUCCUCUCAUAUUCCUCCCUCCCGUCAGCGGAACUGCAGAUGUAUUUUUCCGGCAGAUUUUGGCUUUGACUGGAUGGGGUUACCGAGUUAUAGCUCAGAGGGAUCCACUGACAUCCAGGAGACGGAAAGCUUGCUUUAAUUUGCAGUAUCCAGUUUAUUGGGACCAUCUUGAAUUCUGUGAUGGAUUCAGAAAACUUUUAGACCAUUUACAGCUGGAUAAAGUUCAUCUCUUUGGGGCUUCUUUGGGAGGCUUUUUGGCCCAGAAGUUUGCUGAAUACACUCACAAAUCUCCCAGAGUCCACUCCCUCAUCCUCUGCAAUUCCUUCAGUGACACUUCUAUCUUUAACCAAACAUGGACCGCAAACAGCUUUUGGCUGAUGCCAUCAUUUAUGCUCAAAAAAAUAGUUUUAGGAAACUUUUCAUCUGGCCCAGUGGACCCUAUGAUGGCUGAUGCCAUUGAUUUCAUGGUGGACAGGCUGGAAAGUUUGGGUCAGAGUGAACUGGCUUCAAGACUUACCCUGAAUUGUCAAAAUUCCUACGUGGAACCUCAUAAAAUUCGGGACAUCCCUGUAACCAUUAUGGAUGUGUUUGACCAGAGUGCACUUUCAACUGAAGCUAAAGAAGAAAUGUACAAAUUGUAUCCUAAUGCCCGAAGGGCUCACCUUAAGACAGGAGGCAAUUUCCCAUACCUGUGCAGAAGUGCAGAGGUGAAUCUCUAUGUACAGAUUCAUUUGCUGCAAUUUCAUGGAACCAAAUAUGCAGCUAUUGACCCAUCGAUGGUCAGUGCCGAGGAACUCGAGGUGCAGAAAGCCAACAUUGGCAUCAGUCAGGAGGAGCAGUAGCUCUUAGUGAUGAGUGCUCCCAGCGUGUUCAAUCAGUGACGUCAGUGCCUGCCAGUCGGCCUGUCUCUUCGGUUCGUCAGGUUCACCGGUUAUCACUGUGUUUGGAACUAGGACUGAUUGUCAUCUUUGUGACAGGCGGCAGCUCUUCUAAGCCAGUGUAACUAUUCCCGCUUCAGUUUUUUUUUAGCUUUUGAACUUAAAGAAGUACUUUUGAAGUCUCCCAUUUUAAGAAUUGUGAAAAUUUUGCUACCAAAAGUCUUCACCACUAUGUUCUUAAGUGAAUGUUAAUUUCUGAGUCUUGGGAUUUUGUGGAUUUUUUUCCUUUCCUUUCUUCCUUUCUUUCUGUUAUUUGCUGUAAAUGCUGCACAUCUGCAUUGUGUAUCAGAAGGACAUUGGUUAUUUUUAUGCUUUCUUGGUUAUAACUUAUCAGAGUGCCAAGGCUGUCACCUACUGUUUGCUCUCCUGCAAAGCAACUGCUUCUAAUUUCCAGUUAAGCAAACUGUUUUCAGUUUUGGCCUGCUGUCUUUCUACCCAUUAGUCUUUGGAAUAAAAAUUCAAUUUCA